UUUCACAUCUGCAGAAGCCAGAUCUCAAACCAAAUGAGACAGCCUCACACUUCAGGAUCCUAGAGGGCAGGGCCUAAAGUUUGAGUGCCCUCUCUCCCCAUGUGCACAUUUCCUCUACCUCUUAUGCUCAGAUGAUGAGUGCCUCUUACUGAAGACCGACGGACUGUGAAGAACCUGCAAGCAGAACUCUACAGUAUCUGGAUCCAAGGUGCUACCUCUGUUCUUCUCGCUCUCUCCUCCAUUCCUCUCUCAUUCCUUCUCAUCGAGAGGAGGUUCUUGAGGUGCCAGCCAAACCUGAGGGCCGUCGGACCCCGAGAGGGACUAGGUAGUGAGAGGUAACCAUGACAAACCCAUGCACGGUGUUUCUGGAACUGCUUGGGAUGCUGAUCGGGAUGGGCGGCUGGUUUUGUUCGUUGGCGGCCACUAUCAUGCCUCAAUGGUUGUCCCUUUCUACUGAACUAAUGGGCAUGGAGAGCUACGAACAAGGGCUUUGGGAGGCUUGCGUGAUCCAGGAGGUUGCUGGCACGGAGUGUCGCCCCUACGAUACUAUCCUAGGCCUCGAACCCAAGUUUAUGCUGGCCCGUGUUCUGAUGUGCGUUUCAGAUGCCACAUGUCUUCUCGGACUUCUCCUCGCCAUCCCUGCCAUGAGUCAGAUCAACUGCUGUAAGAGUGAGGAGGGACGGAGGACCAAGCGAGGUUUGAAGAUAGCAGCUGGUGUGUUUUUAUGCAUCGCUGGAUUGUUUGUGCUUUUCCCCGUCUCCUACGUCGCUCAUGAUAUUGUAAUUAAGUACUUUGAUGAGACCGUACCUCACGUGGUGCCACGUUCAGAGUUUGGGGACGCGCUGUUCAUCGGCUGGGCUGCUGGACUUCUUGACAUUGUGGCAUCCGUGCUGUUAUUCGCCUCUUGCUCUGACUCAAGAGACAGUGAACCACAUCUGGUGUAUCACCGUCAAAGGCAGGAGAUCAGAACUAUCGAUGGUUCGAGAAAACGCACCGAGUAUGUUUGAAGUACUUUUGUUGUGUAAUGCCUAUUAAUGUUGAUGGAGCAGGAAAAAACAACUUUUGGGUAAUAUCUUCUGGAAACUGUUUAUACUUACAGUCAGUGUAUCCAGCAAUCAAACUCUUGAAACAGGUAAAGCAUUAUUAUGAUACAUUUAUGCUUUAAUAUCGGAGUAGUCUAUUUGAUUAUUUGUAUUAUCAGUAAUGUAUUAAUGUUGAAAAGUUGCCAAUAAGUUUUCAGUUGCUUUAAUAGACAUGUAGUGAUUGGAAAAAAAGACAACAGUAAUUUUUUUCUUGCUUUAAUAUACAUAUUAUAUAUACAUAUAACUAGCAUAGAAAAGCGUAAAAGGUAAGAUUUUGGUCUUCUUUAUUUAGUGUGCAUUUGUACACUGUACAUCUAGUACUCAAUGCCACCUUCAAAAGUACUUCUCAAUAGGAAGGAUGUAUCCUGGCAAGUCUGCAUAUCUCGGCUGGAAAAGUCAUCAGGCCACAAAUGAUUUUAGAGAGGAAGACAUUAUGUUUUGUUUUGUUGUAAAUGUAUCACAUAAUGCUAAACUAUGCAUAGUGUUAACCACUGGAAGACCACAGAUGGUUGUCAUUACAUGUACUGCAUUAAUAGAAAGUCAGUUAAUUAAUAUAAAGAGUUUUAAUAUAAAGCAUUCUCCAAAUUAUAAUUAUAACAAGUGUCUCAUAUUAGCGUUUGAAUUCUAAGCAGGACUGUAAAACUGAAGCCUCCUUACUAGGAUGCAGCCUUCCGUUUGAGAAACAGCCAUUGUUUGGAGAUCUUUGUUUGUAAACAGCACCUGGAAAUCAGCUGGUACUAAUCCAGAAUACUGUCUAAUUUGGUAAGAAAUAAAAGAUGCUUAUUUACACAUAUUUUUAUUAUGCAAUAUAUGGAGAAAUUGUAACAUUUACAGUGAAAAACAUUCAGUGGUAUAUUAUAUUUUUUUACUUUUAAGCAAUGAUUACUUUGAAAUGUGUUCUUAUUUGAGAUAGUUUAUUAUUACUAGUGUUACAGUUGUCAGGCUUUAUUGUUUUAUUUUAAGUCUAUAAUAAUAAUACAGCUACUAGUCAAAAGUUUUUGAACAGUAAGAGUUUUAAUGUUUUUAAAGAAUUUUCUUCUGCUUACCAAGCCUGCAUUUAUUUGAUCCAAAAUACAGCAAAAGCAGUAAUAUUGUCAAAUAUUUUUACUAUUUAAAAUAAAUGCUUUCUAUUUGAAUAUAUUUUAAACUGUAAUUUAUUUCUGUGAUUUCAAAGCUAAAUUUUCAGCAUCAUCACUCCAGUCUUCAGUGUCACAUGAUCCUUCAGAAAUCUUUCUAAUAUGCUGAUUUGCUGUUCAAGAAACAUUUGUUAUUGCUAUUGUUAUUAUUAUCAUCAAUAUUUAAAACAGUAGAGUACGUUUUUUCAGGAUUCUCUGAUGAAUAGAACGAUCCAAAAGAUCAGCAUCUGAAAUAAAAAGCUUUUGUAACAUUAUACACUAGACCAUUCAAAAGCUUGGAGUCAGCAAUUAAUACUUUUAUUUAGCAAUGAUGCUUUAAGUCGAUGAUAAAGACAUUUAUAAUGUCACAAAAGAUUUCCAUUUCAGAUAAAUAUUGUUCUUCUGAACUUUCUAUUCAUCAAAGAAACCUGAAAAAAACUAC